AAAGGAAGUUGCUGGCCACAAGGAGGUGGAGAUGGAGAGGUCCUGCCCCAACUCAGUCCUCCACAUGUGAAGGCCUGGGGAUCUGUCUCACUUUACCCUGGUUCUCUCUGGACUCCUGAGCACUCCAGUGUCCCUAGACAGAGCAUCCUUGCCUUCCUGAUGGCUUUGCUGAUCUCGCUUCCUGGAGGGACUCCAGCCAUGGCUCAGAUCCUGCUUCUGCUCUCAUCAGCCUGUCUGCAUGCUGGAAAUUCAGAAAGAUCCAACAGAAAAAAUGGCUUUGGGGUCAACCAACCUGAAAGCUGCUCUGGAGUCCAGGGUGGCUCCAUCGACAUCCCCUUCUCCUUCUACUUCCCCUGGAAGUUGGCCAAGGAUCCACAGAUGAGCAUAGCCUGGAGAUGGAAGGAUUUCCAUGGGGAAUUCAUCUACAACUCCUCCCUGCCUUUCAUACAUGAGCACUUCAAGGGCCGGCUCAUCCUGAACUGGACACAGGGUCAGACAUCUGGAGUCCUCAGAAUCCUGAACUUGAAGGAGUCUGACCAGACCCGGUACUUUGGCAGAGUUUUUCUGCAAACAACAGAAGGCAUACAGUUUUGGCAGUCAAUUCCUGGGACCCAACUCAAUGUGACCAAUGCCACCUGCACCCCCACUACACUUCCAAGCACCACUGCUGCAACUUCUGCACACACCCAAAAUGACAUAACAGAAGUCAAGAGUGCUAACAUUGGUGGCCUGGAUCUGCAAACCACAGUUGGGUUGGCAACGGCUGCUGCUGUGUUCCUGGUUGGGGUUUUGGGAUUGAUAGUGUUCCUCUGGUGGAAGAGAAGAAGGCAAGGCCAGAAGACUAAAGCUGAAAUCCCAGCCAGGGAGCCAUUGGAAACCAGUGAGAAACAUGAGAGUGUUGGCCAUGAAGGACAAUGUAUGGAUCCCAAAGAAAACCCCAAGGAUAAUAACAUCGUGUAUGCUUCCAUCUCCCUCUCAAGCCCGACCUCACCAGGAACAGCGCCCAACCUGCCUGUCCAUGGGAACCCCCAGGAAGAGACUGUGUACUCCAUCGUAAAGGCCAAAUAAGUUGGUCUGGAUGACACUCUUAGAGUCACCUUUGUUUCUAGUAGGAAGACUCUCAGCUUCCCACAGGCAGACACAGAAAUUCACUCAUCAGAAGGUCUGACCACAGACAAACUGAGAAACUCCAAGUUCCUUUUUCUAACUUCCUAGGCCUUUCUCACAAAAAUAAAAAGAUCUACAGAAUCUGCCUAAAUGAAUCUAAAGAGAGCACUGAUGAGACCCUUGACUUCUCACCCUCUAAGGACCCCCCCAUCACUUUUUUUUUUGUUUUGUUUUUUGGUUUUUCUUUUUUUUUUUUAAAGAUUUAUUUAUUGAUUAUAUGUAAGUACACUAUAGCUGUCUUCAGACACUCUAGAAGAGGGAGUCAGAUCUUGUUGGGGAUGGUUGUUGAGCCACCAUGUGGUUGCUGGGAUUUGAACUCUGGACCUUCAGAAGAGCAGUCGGGUGCUCUUACCCACUGAGCCAUUUCGCCAGCCCCCCCCCCCCAUCACUUUUUCUAGCAGCCCAAGGCAAGGAAGAGAUCCUAAUGCUGGCAGAUAGACUGACUCCAUGACAUGCACCCACAUCUGUGACUAUAAUAACCUGCACACAGUGUACUUGCUCAUGUACCAUGGCACUGGACAUCAGCCCAAAGCCUAGACAGAUGGUGUGAGACAUGGAACUAAAAUAAACACCAGGUGGCCAAGGCAUUUGCCUAAGGCCAUGCAGUUCCCAGAAGUAGCUCAAGCCCAAACAUGAUCUUCUAGAGGUUCUCCCAGCUCUGGGUCUCACUGCUGUCCCCAAUUUCCUAUAUUCUCCAGAGAUGGCAGUUUGCCAUAGCGACACACACACACACACACACACAAAGCACAGCUCAGGAGUAAUUCCAGAGACCUGCUUUAUUAACCCAGGCUGCACAGCUGACUUGAACAACAGAGCAGGUCAACAACCCCAACAUUUAUCAGCUGCUCGGGAAGAAAUGAGAGGCUCUCCCUGCAGGCAAACAACAGCAGGGGGACCAGAAUACUCUACUCCUCAAAGAGGGCCGCCAGGAACUCCUCUGAGCUGCCUCUCUGCUGCAUCUCCCCUCUCUCUUCUGGCUCUCCAAUGUCUUCCAUGAGUUGCUCCAAGUCCAGGUCACUGGAGCAAUCAUCGUCAGGAGGGAAACUUGCUGCCUCCUGUGUCGGGGGCAUGUGGGGCACAAGCCCUUCCUUUCCCAAUGGACAAGCCCCAUGCUGAGCUGAUGGAGUAGGGCAUUUGGACACAAUUUUAAUUUCUUUCUCCUCAGAUAAGUUGGUGGCUGAAGUCUUGUUCUCAGGAGCUUUAAAUUUUUUCUUAGGGACUAAAGGAAAUAAGGGACAAAGUUAAGAGUCAACGUACCCUGAGUUUUUACAAGCCAGAUUUCUGAAUUCUUGUUUAAAACAUAUGAAAGGAUAAUCUUCUUCAAAAUACGGAAUAUGGGCUUUCAGGUCACACUUGGAUUCUAGCCUUGGGUCAGCUAUGUAUUCAGCAUGGGUGGUCAAUAAAUUUGAAACCUGAGUCUC